UUACCCUGACUGUACCUCCGCGUCCCCCUCCCCCUCCACGUGAUGGGCCCGACAUGCGCAGCGCCAGGGGCUUGGAGAGUGACGUCACUUGCACAACCUCCCAGGCCAAAAUAGUCCGCUCCUCCUGCUGCUCCAAAGUUGGCUGAAGGCCGGUAGUGAGAAGAGAUCUCGAGCUACUUCAACAAAACUUUCUCUCCAGUCUUUCCUGCUCCCUCUUCCCCUUUCCUUCCCUCUCGCCUCCUGAUGGUAUUCACAUAAUAAUUCUGCACUGAAAGGGAAUAGCCAAGAAGAGGAAAAACCCCAUACCCAAAUUACGUCUUCCCCCUCUCCCCAUUUCCUUUCUACCCCUUUCCCGUCUCUCUCUUCCUCCCCCCCUCCCGACCCCCCACUUUUUGGUUGUGAAAGGCAAAAAUAUACAGGGUGCUCCUAGAUAGACCGGAUGAAUGGAUGGCAUCCUCUGUGCUGCCUAGGCAGUCCCUUUUCACAGCUUCCCCCUUUUUAAAAAAAGGGCUAGAGGAUUUUAUUCUGCUCUAGAAUAUAUCUUUGGCGUGGCUUGCCAAGAGGGGGAAAUCAGAGAGAGGAAUACGGGAGCCCUCCAGUGCAAUUUCUAUUGUUUGAAACUCACUUUAUAGCAAAGAAAUUGAAGAUGAGAACGGUAAAGAAAUGGACUACAUUUGUUUGCUGUUCAUUCUAGUUCCUCAGUGAAAUGUGAAGAAAUGAUCUUUCAAAUUUGAUUUGGACUGAAAAUGUCUGCAGACAUAGAAAAAGAGAGCAUGGUAUUGCAAAACACCUAUCAAGAAGUGGAACCACAAAUAACUAAUCCAGAAGAAAUAUAAUAAAUCUUGGUUAUGGUGCAGUGCUGGACUGGAUUUAAAGCUGUAGCACAUAGGUAGCCCACUGCUUCUAAAUUAUGGAAAUUUUGUGGAAGACGUUGACCUGGAUUUUGUGCUUAAUUAUGGUUUUGUCAGAAUUUCACAGUGACGCCAGGCUUUCAUAUAGUUCUCAAGAGGAAUUCCUGUCUUACCUUGAACACUACCAACUAACCAUCCCAAUAAGGGUUGAUCAUAAUGGAGCCUUCCUCAGCUUUACUGUGAAAAAUACAAAACCCUCCAGGAGAAAGAAGAGGAGCAUUGGACAUUAUGACCAAGAACUGGCAGUGUCUAAAUUAUUUUUUAAACUUUCUGCCUAUGGCAAGCACUUUCAUUUAAACCUGACUCUCAAUACAGAUUUGGUAUCCAAACACUUUGUAGUAGAAUACUGGGGGAAAGAUGGACCUCAAUGGAAACAUGACUUUUUAGACAAUUGUCAUUACAUUGGAUAUUUGCAUGGCCAGCAUGGUGCAACUAAAGUAGCAUUGAGCAACUGCAAUGGUCUGCAUGGUGUUAUUGCUACAGAAGAUGAAGAGUAUUUUAUUGAGCCUUUAAGAAACAUAAGUGAACAUUCAAAUAAAUUUAGUUAUGAAAGUGGUCAUCCUCAUAUUAUUUACAAAAAAUCUGCCAUGUAUCAUCAACUUUUCUAUGAUCAUACCCAUUGUGGUGUUUCAGAAGACCUCACAGGAAGCAGUAAACCUUGGUGCUUGAACAGUACUGUUGCUUUCCCGACUUUACUUCCAGUCAAUCACACAUUAAAUAGUCACCAUCGACCGAAGAGAUCAAUAAGCACUGAACGAUUUGUGGAAACUCUGGUAGUAGCAGACAAAAUGAUGGUGGGAUACCAUGGUCGCAAAGAUAUUGAGCAUUAUAUCUUGAGCGUCAUGAAUAUUGUUGCCAAACUUUAUCGUGACUCCAGCCUAGGAAACGUUGUGAAUAUUAUAGUGACUCGUUUAAUUGUCCUCACAGAAGAUCAGCCAAACUUGGAGAUAAAUCACCAUGCAGACAAGUCCCUUGAUAGCUUCUGUAAGUGGCAGAAAUCCAUUCUCUCUCACCAAAGUGAUGGAAACACCAUUUCAGAAAAUGGAAUUGCCCACCAUGAUAAUGCGGUCCUUAUUACUAGAUAUGAUAUCUGCACCUAUAAAAACAAGCCUUGUGGAACACUGGGAUUGGCCUCUGUUGCUGGAAUGUGUGAGCCUGAAAGGAGCUGUAGCAUUAAUGAAGAUAUUGGCCUAGGUUCUGCUUUUACGAUAGCACAUGAAAUUGGUCACAAUUUUGGUAUGAACCAUGAUGGAAUUGGAAAUUCUUGUGGAACCAAAGGUCAUGAAGCAGCAAAACUUAUGGCAGCUCACAUUACAGCUAACACCAACCCCUUUUCCUGGUCAGCUUGCAGCAGGGAUUAUAUCACCAGUUUUUUAGAUUCAGGCCGUGGUACUUGUCUUGAUAAUGAGCCUCCAAAGCGUGAUUUUAUAUAUCCUGCGGUGGCACCAGGUCAGGUAUAUGAUGCUGAUGAGCAGUGUCGCUUCCAGUAUGGAGCUACAUCGCGCCAGUGUAAAUAUGGGGAAGUGUGUAGAGAGCUUUGGUGUCUCAGCAAGAGUAAUCGCUGUGUUACCAACAGUAUUCCAGCUGCUGAGGGUACUCUUUGCCAAACUGGAAGUAUUGAAAAGGGGUGGUGUUUUCAGGGAGAGUGCGUACCUUUUGGCACUUGGCCCCAGAGCAUAGAUGGGGGUUGGGGUCCCUGGUCAUUAUGGGGAGAGUGCAGCAGGACCUGCGGGGGAGGAGUCUCAUCAUCCAUAAGACACUGUGACAGUCCAGCACCCUCGGGUGGAGGAAAAUACUGCCUUGGAGAAAGGAAACGCUAUCGCUCCUGUAAUACUGAUCCAUGUCCUUUUGGGGUACGUGAUUUUCGGGAAAAACAAUGUGCAGACUUUGACAAUAUGCCUUUCCGAGGAAAAUAUUACAACUGGAAACCAUAUACAGGAGGUGGAGUUAAACCAUGUGCAUUAAACUGCCUGGCAGAAGGUUACAACUUUUAUACUGAACGUGCCCCUGCAGUGAUAGAUGGAACACAGUGCAAUGCAGAUUCACUGGAUAUUUGUAUCAAUGGUGAAUGCAAGCAUGUUGGGUGUGAUAAUAUUUUGGGAUCUGAUGCUAAAGAAGACAGGUGUCGCGUAUGUGGAGGAGAUGGCAGUACCUGUGAAGCUAUUGAAGGCUUUUUCAAUGACACAUUGCCCAGAGGAGGUUACAUGGAAGUGGUUCAGAUUCCUAAAGGUUCUGUUCACAUUGAAAUCAAAGAAGUGGCAGUGUCAAAAAACUACAUUGCAUUGAAGUCUGAGGAGGAUGACUAUUACAUUAAUGGUGCGUGGACUAUCGACUGGCCUAGAAAAUUUGAUGUUGCUGGGACAGCUUUCCAUUACAAAAGGCCAGCAGAUGAACCAGAAUCUUUGGAAGCCUUGGGUCCUACCUCAGAAGAUCUCAUAGUUAUGAUUUUACUACAGGAGCAAAACCUGGGGAUAAGGUAUAAAUUCAAUGUUCCCAUCUCUCGCACUGGCAGUGGCGACAAUGAAGUUGGAUUUACAUGGAAUCACCUACCUUGGUCAGAAUGCUCUGCUACAUGUUCUGGAGGUGCACAGAAACAAGAAAUAGUGUGCAAAAGGUUGGACGACAGUUCUAUAGUACAGAACAAUUACUGUGAUCCUGAUAGUAAGCCACCAGAAAAUCAAAGAACCUGCAAUACUGAGCCAUGCCCACCUGAAUGGUUUAUCGGAGAUUGGUCAGAAUGCAGUAAGACCUGUGAUGGUGGAAUGCGAUCCCGAACAGUACUGUGUAUCAGGAAGAUUGGACCUUCUGAAGAGGAGACUUUGGAUAGUAGUCAUUGUUUAACACACCAGCCAAUUGAAAAAGAAUCCUGUAAUAAUCAGUCUUGUCCCCCACAAUGGAUUCCUUUGGAUUGGUCAGAAUGUACUCCCAAAUGUGGUCCUGGUUUCAAGCAUCGUAUCGUUCUCUGUAAAAGCAGUGAUCUUUCAAAAACAUUUCCUGUUGCACAUUGCCAAGAAGAAAACAAGCCUCCAGUCCGCAUGCGAUGUAGCUUGGGCAGGUGUCCACCACCACGAUGGGUUACUGGUGAUUGGGGGCAGUGUUCUGCACAAUGUGGUCUUGGACAACAGUUGAGAACUGUGCAAUGUCUCUCAUAUACUGGGCAAGCGUCCAACGACUGUCCAGAUACUCUUCGGCCUCCAUCAAUGCAACAGUGUGAAAGUAAAUGUGACAGUACUCCCAUUUCUAACACAGAAGAAUGCAAGGAUGUGAACAAAGUGGCUUAUUGCCCACUGGUGCUGAAGUUCAAAUUCUGCAGUCGAGCAUACUUCAGACAGAUGUGCUGCAAGACCUGCCAAGGACAUUGACCCACAGAAACUGAAA